UUGGAGCCCACCGGCGCAGGUACAUCAGAGGUGGGCAUGGCGAGUAGGUGGGGUCGCUGCUCUCCCUCUGCCCGCAGCCAGCAGCCUCUUUACAUCCGACCUGUGCGGAGGCAAAGCGGUGCAGGGAGACGGAGCUUUGUGGAAAGACGCACCUGGAAUUCGUGGAUGACUAUCAGCGCAUGGUGUCCCGACAUGCACCCUGAUAUCCGUCUCUCCCUCCUCUUAACUCUGCUGCUCCUUCAAGUUCAGCAGGGUGCCUCAGUGCAGGAGAUCCAAACCAGCCAUGAGAACAUUGUCAAGAUCAACUCAGCAGGAGAAAUGAUGCAGUGCUCAGCAGCCAUGGACAUCCUCUUCCUCAUGGAUGGGUCCUACAGCGUGGGGAAGGGGAGCUUUGAGAGGUCCAAACACUAUGCAAUCAAACUCUGCCAAGCUCUAGACAUCGGACCAGACAAGGUGCGAGUCGGUUUGAUUCAGUUUGGCUCCACCCCCCGGCUGGAGUUUUCCCUGGAUUCGUACUCCACCAAGCAAGAGCUGAAGAAGCACAUGAAGAAAAUUUCGUACAGAGGAGGCGGCACCCAGACAGGUUUGGCUCUUAAAUACAUCCUGAGGAAGGGUUUUCCAGGUGGUCGUAACUCCUCCGAUGUGGCCCGCGUCGCCAUCCUGCUGUCGGAUGGGAGGUCUCAGGGAAACGUGGCACAGGCAGCUGCACAGCUCAAAGAGAUGGGCGUGGUCCUGUUCUCUGUGGGCUUGCGCUACCCUAAGUGGGAAGAGCUCCAUGCUCUCGCCAGUGAGCCGGUGGAGAGCCACGUGUUCUUUGCUGAGCAUUUCUAUGAUGCGGUGAAUGGCCUGUACACCACACUGAGCACCUUCUCUGUGUGCAGUGCAACACCAGCAGGUUGUCAGGUGGAGUCGUUCCCCUGCGAGAGGAAAACAUUGGAGACUGUAAAAGAGCUGCAGGGGAAUUUCAUGUGUUGGAAAGGCUCCAAAGGGUAUUCCCCAUACACAUCCCUAUGUCCCUUCUACAGGUACAACAAGGUUUACAGAAGACACCAGACAGUUUGCCAUAGGACUAUCUGUCCAGAUCCCUGUGACUCUCAGCCAUGCCUGAAUGGUGGAACUUGUGUGUCAGAAGGUCCAGAUGGAUACCACUGUGUGUGUCCACCUGGCUAUGGAGGAGACCCACAUUGUGCUCCUGCGUUAUCCCUGGACUGCUCUGUAGACCUGCUCUUUCUGCUAGAAGGCUCUGCUACACUCACCUUGGAAGGCUUCCUCCGCCUCAAGUCCUUCUUAAAGCGCUUCCUACAGACUGUCAUUGGGUCUGACAGCCCCAGUAGAGUCGGGCUUGCGGUGUUUGGUCGAGAGGCUCGAGUCGAAGCCCCGGUUGGUAAAUUCAAAGGGGACAUGAGGGGUCUACUGAAGGCUGUGGAGGCACUUCAGCCAGUUGGUGGCGAGACUCUGACAGGUCAGGCACUUCGCUACGUCACACGUAACGGCUUUGUGAGUGCUCCGGUCUUUGCUGACGUCACAGAUGACCUUCCUCGUGUGGUGGUGCUGCUCACCGCCACUCCUGCUGUUGACGAUGUGGUCGAGGCUUCAAAAUACGCUCGCGACAGAGAAAUCUUCCUGGUAGGGGUGGGACUGGACAGGUUAAAGGGACAGCUGAAUAACAUCACAGGAAACCCCCAGAGGACUCUCACCUACACAUCACCUGAUAGGCUCACUGGCAAGAUCCCUGAGCUCAAGGCCAAGAUCUGCAGUGUGGAUACACAAGGUUGUCUGGGUCAAGCUGUAGACCUGGUGUUUGCGCUGGAUGCUUCAGGUGGUGUCGGCCGUGAUAACUUCCCCACCCUGCAAGACUUUGUGCGCAGCAUCUCGGUCCAGUUCGACAUCAACCGCGAUGUGGCUCAGGUGGGCCUCGUGACCUACGGUCGCAGAGCCACCACUGUCUUCAACCUGGACACCCACGAGAGCGGUUCUGCCAUCCUCAAGGCUGUAGCGGACGCCAACUACAUGGGUGGAGUGGCUUCGACGGGGGCAGCUUUGCUCCACAUCCAGUCAAAUGUCUUGACUGUAGCCAAAGGUGCAAGGCCUGGAGUCAACAAGGCUGUGGUGGUGGUAUCGGAUGGUUCGGGAGGGGACGAUGCCGUUGUACCAGCUCAGAAGAUAAGAGACAAUGGAGUUCCGGUUUUUGUGGUUGGUGUCGGAGAUGUACAGAGAGAGAGGCUGAUGCAGAUUGCUGGAUCAGAAGAGCAAAUGAUCUCAGUGCCAUCUUACGAGGAUCUCAAGUACUUUGAGGAUGUAUUGGUACAGAUGCUGUGUUCAGAGGUAAAGAAGCCGGUAAAUCUGUGCAAGCCCAACCCAUGUAUGAAUGAUGGGGUCUGCAUCCGGUCAGGAGGGAGCUUCCGUUGCCAGUGCCGAGGAUAUGAAGGACCACACUGUGAAACAAGAAGCAGCAGGUCUUCAUCCAGAGGGGAUCUUCCAAGACCUGCUGGUCUGAGGAAGAAGAGCAGACAGAGGAAGAGCCACCAGGAGCUUCUGCAUCACUAUAAACUACACCGUCGGAGACAUGCCGCCUGACACACCAGAAACACAAAGUAUACACACAAACGAAUCACAGAUGAACACUUAAGAACCAAGGAUGAUUGCGGGUACACAAUGGAGUAAAGGGAAACCUAAAGUUACUGUUUCUGUAUUUAAGUGCGUUGUGUGUCUCCCUCCUGCUGUGUUCUCGUUACAUUUGUCAGACAUCGCUGUCUCAACACUGUUGUCGCUAUUCAAGGAUGUAAACUUUUAUAUGACAUUAUAAUGUAUAUCUGUGUCAUGAUUGUAUUAUUUUUUUAAAUGUAUAAUCACAAUUUUCUGUCCUUUUACAGUCUUAAAAAAAACUUUAUAUUUGGUCCAAAAAUUGCUUUAUGUGCUGUUUUCAUGCUUUACUUAAUAUUACAGCUGCACUUUUAUUUUUACAUUUUUAUUAGAUGUUAAAAAUGUGUUUGUUUUGAGUAAUGAACAAAAGAAUUUCAUAAAUAGAUGUAUGUCAUAAUCAUUUCUAUUUGCGCUAUACCACAUAUUUAUUAUUUAUCACUUAUUUUGUAUUUGACUAAUAUCUCUUUUGGGGAAGAGAAAAAACUAAUUGAGACAAAUUUCAGAAUUAAUAUAUUUGUGUGCACAUUUAAAAUUGAAUUAUGACUCUUGCACAAUAGCUGACAAGCUUUAAAAUGCUACACAUAAAUAGACCUCUCAUUUAAUACCCAAAGGAAUUUUUUUUUACCACACACAAUACAUUUGCCAGACAAGCACCCUUUUAUCAGAUGAACCUCCUUCAUAAAUGUUUUAUUUUCAUUAGUGAGAGGUGACUCUAAUCACCCUGUAAAUGUUUAAUACUGUCUCCUGUGUACAUUACCAACUUAAAACCUGAUACACUGAACCUUCUGUGUGUUUUCAGGAAACAAAUUGGAAUAUGUAAAGUUAAAGGCAAGAUGGUUUCAAGGAAAAACCCAAGCCAG